AUGGAAAACAUCACUCCCCUAUCUGAGGCCCAAAAGGUCGCGCUUGAUAAGCUGACCGCAUCUUUGGGUCCAGAGUACGUGGAGUUCCUUGUUUCACAAGGUCCUGAAGUGCUUAAUGCACGUGUUGAAAGCUUCAUGCAGUAUGAAGCGACCCUUUUAGGGAAGGUCGAAGACCAAAUAGCGUCGGCUAUGCCUACACGCUACGUGUCUGUACCAGACAAAGAGGCUAAGCCUCGUCCACUUAGAGUGGAAGUAAAAAACUACUCCGGUAAGGAGGGCGAGAACCUCAUCCUCUGGAUCCGUGAGAUCGAGAUGGCCAUGAGAUCAGGCCUGAUCACGCUUGACCAUCAACAGGUCUCGCUGGCUAUCUCGAAGCUCGAUGGUAGAGCUAGAGAAUGGGCCUUGACGUGUAGCACGUCGGUGGACAUAGCGUUUCCCACAUGGGAGUCGCUCAAGUUACAAUUGGUACAGGUGUUUUCUCCACCUAACCAGGCUUACCGCGUGCGCUCACGCUUUCUUUCUACCCGCCAGGGUAAGAAUGAAAGAUUGGACUAUGUCCAAGAGCUGCGAACGCUCAUGGCUGCAACGCAGUCUGACCCUCUGCCUGAAGCAGUCCAAGUGACUAUCUACAUGGAAGGUCUACGUACUGGCAUUGCCAGAACCGAGGCUUUUCGGGUUCACUCCUACUUUGUUGGAAUGGAUACAAUCCUUGCUCUGCGAGAGCGAGCGUUUCGGGUACCACUGCCUAUACUAGGCCGGAACCGAUGA